AUGGCGUCUCCUUUUCCCCCCUCAUCGUCUGCUCCAGGAGAGGGGCAUUUGGUUGUUCAGUUACUACCUCAUUCAAUCUCCGCUUUGUCGAGAAUAACUUUUCAGUACCCACUAAAAUUGAUAUCUCCAUCCCCUUCUGCUGCACAAAAAAGUGUUCUUGUCUUUCUCUUGACAUAUGGUGGAGGUCUUGUCGGUGGGGAUCAAGUUCAACUUAAGAUAGAUGUCACUCGAAAUGCAAAAUUGAGUAUCGUCACACAAGGUCAUACCAAGAUCUUCAAAUCACCAACACGUGAUGUAAUCACACGUCAACACUUACAGGUCACUAUUGAGGAUGGUGCUUCAGCCUGUUUGUUACCCGAUCCGGUUCAGCCUUUCGCUGAAAGUGUAUAUGAACAAUCACAGACUUUCACUCUCAAGGAAGGCGGAACUCUUUGCGUAUUAGAUUGGGUCUCAGCGGGGAGAACUGCAAGAGGGGAGAACUGGGAUCUAAGAGCGUGGAGCGGGCGUAACGAAAUUUGGGCCAUGGGAAAGGAUAUGAAGAGAAGACUUUUGCUGAGGGAUAACGUCUUGCUGGAAGGAGACGAAGCAACAGCUCCAGAAAAACUACUACGCCACAAAAUGCGCGGAAACGGCAUAUUUGGUACUUUGAUCCUGAAAGGGCCGCUGGUCGAGAAGUUGUCUGCCUUCUUUUUAUCAGAAUUUGCUGCACUGCCUAGGAUUGGUGCCAGAGAUUUUCGAUCUGAUGAUAGGAAAGAAAAAGACAACGAAAUCAUUCUAUCGAGACAGGAAUCCUGGAGACUUCGUCGACUGGGACAAGAAAAGGAGGAAGGAAUUCUUUGGUCUGCUGCAAAAGUGAGAGGAUGCACAGUGGUGAAGUUUGGGGCUCCAACAGUUGAGAGUGGUCGUGUAUGGAUUGGCGGCAUGAUUAAAGAAGAAUGUAGUAUAUCUGAGAUCUUUGGAGAAGAUUCAUUAAUGUGUUACAACAUCGGUAAGAUGUUGGAGCCAUUGGGUUUUUCUACGAUCGUCCCGCAUCAAGUUUGGAAGGCUGGAAAUGAGCCAGAGAAUCGAGGCGUCUUGGCACGAUGCGGCCUCUCUCACCAUCAGGGAAGGGACAAAGCGAUAAAACACGAUAUGGUCACUGCACAAGCUGGAUGA